GCGAAGCCGCCGCCGCCGCAGCGCCCGGGCGCAAGGGGGGACCUGGAGGCAGCUGAGCCGCCCGGGCGCUGAAAGCGGCGGAAUCGGGGCCAUGUUCAACCGCGGGUCGCGGCGCCGAAGAUCGAGCCGAGCCCUCCCUGAGGUGGAGGAUCCUGACCGAGGCCAGCCGUGUCAGGCAUGUGGGGAGCAGUGCCCAGGCUUCCUAGUGCAUGGGUGGAGGAAGAUCUGCCAACACUGCAAGUGUCCGCGGGAAGAGCAUGCAGUGCGUAUGGUGCCUGUCGACCUGGAAAGGAUGAUGUGCCGCCUCAUCUCUGACUUCCAACGCCACUCCAUCUCAGAUGACGACUCAGGCUGUGCCUCAGAGGAAUAUGCUUGGGUGCCCCCAGGACUCAAGCCCGAGCAGGUAUAUCAGUUCUUCAGCUGCCUCCCAGAGGACAAAGUCCCCUAUGUCAAUAGCCCCGGAGAGCGGUACCGCAUUCGUCAGCUACUGCAUCAGCUUCCCCCACACGACAGUGAGGCCCAGUAUUGCAGCGCCCUGGAAGAGGAAGAGGCAAGAGAGCUGAAGUUAUUCUCGCAGCAACGGAAGAGGGAGAACCUUGGCCGUGGGACUGCCCGACUCUUCCCGGUCACCAUAACUGGAGCCAUUUGUGAGCAGUGUGGCAAGCAGAUCUGCGGAGGGGAUAUUGCAGUCUUUGCCAGCCGGGCAGGGCACGGGGCCUGCUGGCACCCGCAGUGCUUUGUCUGCACCACCUGCAGGGAGCUCCUCAUCGACCUCAUCUACUUCUACCAGGAUGGCAAAAUCUACUGCGGGCGGCAUCACGCUGAGCGCCUGAAACCACGCUGCGAGGCCUGCGAUGAGAUUAUCUUUGCAGAUGAGUGCACAGAAGCCGAGGGCCGCCACUGGCACAUGCGCCAUUUCUGCUGCUUUGAGUGCGAGGAGGCGCUAGGUGGGCAACGGUACAUCAUGCGCCAGAGCCGCCCGUACUGCUGCCACUGCUAUGAGAGCUUCUACGCAGAGUACUGUGAUGCCUGUGGGGAGCACAUUGGCAUUGACCAGGGCCAGAUGACCUAUGAGGGCCAGCACUGGCAUGCAAAUGAUGCCUGUUUCAGCUGCUCCCGCUGCCACCAGCCUCUGCUAGGGAAGCCUUUCCUGCCCAAGCAGGGCCAGAUCUUCUGUUCGCGAGCCUGCAGCUUGGGCGAAGACCCCAAUGGCUCUGACUCCUGUGACUCGGCCUUCCAGAGUGCCCGUUCCCAGGACUCCCGGCGAGCCAGCUGGCAGCAGCGGCGGAUCCAGGCCCAGCGCUCCCCCACCUCUCCCGUUGCACGCUCGGUCUCCUUUGGGGGACAGCCAGCACCUCCAAGCUCAGCUCCAAGGAUCCGCAGGAGUUGGAGCGGACUGCCUGCAGCUGGGGAGGAAAUACCCGCAGAAGCAGAGGAGCUCUCUGAUCCAGAGAGCAAUGGAUCAGGCUGCAGCCAGAGUUGUGAGGAGCCCGUGAAAUGCACCUCCCGGGGAACUUCCACUUGCCAACCACCCCCCACCGGCCAGGUUCCAGAAACAGGGACAGAGAUCCGGCCACGUUUCCAGCGUGCAUCCCCUCUGCGCCAUUCCAUGCCCGAGUUGGGUCUGCCACCUUCUAAAAUCCUUGACUGGAGUAGCAAUUCCGCUUCCAAGCUGCCAGCAUGUGCCCAGCCACAGCUCAGUGAGGGAACUGAGCUGGGGGAAGGGAGUUUUGCCCAUGGAGGGGUUCCCCGGGUCAGUUUCCGGGAACCCCUAAUCUCAGGGGAGCCAAGCACCCUUUGUCCCAAGCAGGCCUCCCUGAACACACACAAGCUGCUUCAAAAUGGGGGACCCAGCCGGGGGCACCCCCACUCCACCUCUGACAACUCACUCAACUUGGGAAGCCAGAACUGGAGGCCAAGAAAAAGUGUAGGGGAGAAGAGAGGGGCAAACCUCUCCUAUUCCGCAUCUGAGGGUACCUUUCCUGCUUGGCACCGAUGCUACCCUCCCCGAGGAUGGGACUUCAGCUCCUCCGAUUCCUCCGACUCCUCCUCAGAGGAGGAAGGAUACUUUCUGGGGGAGCCCAUACCCCUGCCUCCCCACCUACGAGGUGGAGCGAGCCCCACAGAGACCACAUCUACUGACCCAACACGUAAACAGCAGCGCCGAAGACUGCGGGUCAUCAGGGACAAGAACUGUGUUGUGGCGUAAGCCUGGCCUUCCCCUUAAUGGCCUUUGGCUGCAAGGAUCCCAUUUGGCUCAUUGAAACCGUUCAGCGUUGACCGUUGUGUGUGCAGGCCCUUGCAAUUUGGUCCGGGAGCGUUGCCUGUGGCUUCUUCCACAAGGACCUCUUUGAUUCGUGCCCUUUACGAGGGGAUCCUCCCCCUCAGAAAGUGACCUCUUCAUCAUGACUGUCAAGCUCUCCCAGCCUUUCCUCAGGGACACACGAGCACUGGCUUCUCCGUGGCGCCCUUUGAUCUUUUGAUGUGCCCCUUCUGUGAAGAAUCUUGAACUCCUCUCUGUGGUGGUCUUUGUGUUUAUUUUCCACGGUGGCCUUUUUUGACCUCUCGACUGUGACCUUUUGGAUACUGAUCAGCCUUUUGUCCUGAACCUUCAGAGUGAUGGUCUGUGAGCCCUCUGCACUUGCGCACCCCCUGCACGUCGCACGGCCUCUCCUUCCCCAGGACCCCUCGAACUUCAGUUUUGACCUUUCCACUGUGACCUCUGAUCUCCUGGGUGACUCUUCCUCCUGCACAUUGCCAUUAUUAACGUCUGCCUAUCACAAGGUUGCAGAGUUUCAAGCUUUUGGGCGCUUCUUCUCUAUGCACAAGGUGUCUGGCUUUGUGUGUGUCUUGUUGUGUGAGUGUGGGCGGGUUGAAUGCCAUUUCCCAGCCGAUACACUGAAUAUGGGCACGAGGUGUCCGUUCUGGGGCAGAGCCUGUAAGCAUCCUUUGAUCCAGCUAGCACUACUGUUCUCUUCCCCACUGAAUAUUGUGCACAUAUCUCAAGAUUUGUAAUUUUUUAAAUUUUGUUUUUUUUUUCUUAUCAAGGGUCUUAAUUUAAGUGACAUUUAAAUAAAACUUUAUAAAAUGUG